AUGCAGGACCUUGAAAAUGACAUCAAGGCGACGGAGCGCAGCCUGCUCGCAAUCGCAGAUCGGGAGCCAGACUCAAAGGGAGGCGUGCAGGCUGCAGCCAGGUCCCUACUAGGCCUGCUAAGGCUCAAGGCUCGAGGCAAUGCAGGCAUGAGCCAGGAUGGCCUUCAGCUUGUCAGAGACAGCUGCACGUCACUGCUGACACCCCAGCCAGGCAACAGCCAUCCAGGCCCACAGAAAGCGCCAGACAGCCGUCUGACGCCACAACAGCAGCCUGCAGUCCUCAACAAGAAGCUGCAGGAGUGCUGCUCAGUGCUGGGGUCAGCCAUUGACAGCGCCACAGUGGCGCAGUUGGCUGCAGUGCUGGAGAGCCUGUACACAAGGCAGCUGCAGCUGCUGUCACAGUGCCCCCAGCUGCCCGGCCCGAAGAAUGCCAACUCCCUGCCUGCCACAGCCGCCGCGCCCCCCAUGACCACAUCUCACCAAUUAGCAGGGCAGGGCAAUUUUGAUAAUGCCGACGUUGAUCAGCUGCUGCCAGCGCAGCGGCCAGCGCCGGUGGCGGUGACGCGGCGGGAGUGUUUCCUCCAGGCAACCACGCAAAAUCUGGCCGGGGCAGAAGACGCACCAAAUAUGGCCAGCCCGGCCCCCGGCGCCGUCGGCCCGAUGGCAUGCAGGCCCCACGGUGCUCACAGUGGCGGCUAUGGAGUAGCGCAAGCAUCGCAGGAUGAAGGAUCCAGGCAAGGUUGGGGCUGGGGCGGUGAGCCGGCAGCGGCCAGGGGUCGUCAAGCGGUGGAGGUCGACAGGCACGGGCGCGUAGUCGCGUCAGCGUCCAGUCAGCUCGAUCGGGCGGAUGCCUCAGGGCUGCUGCUCUCCCAGAAGAAACAGUCCACCGCUGACAGAGAGGCAACCCUGAAGCUGCGGCUACAGGAGGCGGAGGUGCUCUGCGAGGAGUAUGCAGGGAGAGUGGCAGCGAUGGAGCAGCGGUGCGCCGAGGUGGAGCUGCUGCAGGGAGAGAAUCUACGCCAGGGGGACGCCCUCGCAGACGCGCACCAGCGACUGCGCGCGGCCGAGGAAGAGAGCAGCGCCCGAGUGGAGCUGCUGAGCCAGGUCAACGCCGACCAGGCAGAUCUCGUGGAGGAGCUGAGUCAGCAGGUUGAAAGCCUGCGCGCCGAGGCGGCGGCUGCCGCGGCCGCGCCGGCCGUCUUGCAGCUUGAGAGCAAAGUCGCCGAGGCCGAUGCGGCCGCCGCCACCGCCGCGCAGACGGCGGGUGCCGCGCAUAAGAGGGCCGAGGAGCUGGAGGGACAGGUGGAGUCACUGCAGGAGGAGGUUGCGGCGGCGGCCCAUCUGCGCCGGCAGGUGGCGGAUCAGGCGGCUGCACUGGAGGCGGCAAACACUGAGAUUGACCAGUUGCGCGCCGGAGUAGAGAUGGCGCAAGACGCGCAUGACCGGUCCCUUGCUGCUCUGCAGGCUCAGCUCGAAGAGCAGGCCGGCGAGGUAGCAGAGCUGCACGACCAGAACAUGGCGCUGCGGGUGGACGCCGGCCAGGCGCGGCAGCUGCUGGCGCUGCGCACCGAGGCGCUCAUACACAGCGAAGCUGCCGCAGCAGCCGCCGCUGCCCCGGCUGCCGAAGCAGCCAGUGCGGCGCCAUCGUCGGUGCCGGCCAAGGCCGGCGCAGCCGCUAAGGAGGCCGCACGGCUGCGCGCGGCGCUGGCGGUGUCGGAGGACCAGCGGCGGCGCGAUGGUGAGGCGGCCGAGAAAGCCGCGGCCGUGCUCCGGGCUGAGAUCGAGCGGCUGCGCGCGCGGCGGCCGAGGACAGCUCCGCCGGGGCCGACCACGCCGGACCGGCGCAGCGCGCCGCCGGCGCGUCGCGGCAGCGCCAGCUCUGGCCGCUCCGAGGACCCCUCGGCGGGCCCCCCCGAGCCCACUGCCGGUCAUCGCUGGCCGGGACCCCCCGCCCUUGCUGCCGCGCCCGCAGAUCACCGACCGUUCAAACCCGCGUCCCUGGACCUUGACCACAGACGGCCGGAUGCGGCCGACGGGGCAGACAUGGCCCCGGCAGAGUUGGAUGACAUGGUAUUGACUCACCAAGCGGAGGUCGCGAAGUGGCACGAGCACUGUGCAGCUCUGGAGGGUGAGCUGCGCUGGCUCCGAGCAAUGGCAGCGCAGAACCGGCUGCCGGAGCCGGCCGAGUCACUACGCCACUUUGCCGGCGGCGUUAUUUCAGAGGUGUUCCCUUUGGACCGUUACCUCAGCACAUCGCCGCCCGGCGGACUCAGCAUCCAGUCAGCCUGGCAGCAGCUGGCAGCCGACCCUGCAGCUUCCCAUACCUUCCCAAGUUCAUUGCAGCUGCUCCAGCCUAACCUGGGAUUCCCUCCAUGCCUGCCCAGCUCAGAAACAGCGUCGCAGCGGCAGCUGGGGACUUAUGCCGGCAGCUGCGGCGCCUCGUCAGCAAGCGCUGACUCAGACGGCCUAGCGGACGCUGACAUGGACGCACUACUGCAGUCUCUGGAGGCCGCCGUUCUCAGAUCAUCGCCUGGGACCCAGGCAGCGCCACAGCAGCAGGAGAGCAUCGCACUUCAAGAGCCAGCCGGCAAUAGGGCUCAAAAUGGCCGCAGUUUGUCAAAUGCGGCGGAUGAGUUGGGUGCGGUGAGGAGUGACAUUGUGGCGGCGUUGAGGCGCCGGGAGGACCUGCGGGGGGAACUGCGGGGGACCGAGGCCAAAAUUGGCGCUGCAGAGUCUGAGCUGGGUCAGAUACAGUCUGAGGUGCAUGCGGCCGAAGAAACUCUGCGCUUAAGGCAUGAGGAGGCAGACAAGCUGGCUGGCUCAAUCGAGAACUACAGGACAGAACUGAAACGACUGGAGGUGCAAGUUCAGAACGGCUACACUCAGCUGGAGUCCUUGGGGGCUGCUGCGCAGUUUGGCAGCCCACAGCGGUCUUACCAGAGCAGCACCGGCAAUGAGGAGAGCCUGACAGCGCAGGCAGAGGCCAGCCAGGGAGUCAAGCUCCUCCUGCGAAAGCUCAAAGAGGCCAAUGCAACUGCUGACAGGUACAAGAAGGACCUGCACGAAGCAGAAGCGACAACCAAAGCCAUGCAGCAGGAGUUGUCAGAGCGCGAAUGCAUGGCAGCUGCUGAGGUGGCGGCCAGCGAGGCGAAGCUGAUGGAAGCCAGGCAGCAGCUGCGAACUCUUGCUGUGCAGCCGCCGGCCGCCUCAGGCAGCAGGAGGGUGAGCCGGUGGGACGACGUGAUAGAGGAAGCUGCCGGGGAGCUGGAGGGCGUGGAGGGGCAGCUGCACACGGCUUCCCGGCAGCUGCUGGACCUGAGAAGCGCCACCGCGCAGCUGUCAGCAGACGCCCAAAAAGCGUCUGACGCCAAGGAACAGGCAUGCACCCCUUGCUUUCACUGUAUUCUCGCUGAAAGGGAGGCGGAGCAGGCGAGAGAGCGCUUGAGAGAGGCUCUGGCGGAGGCGUCAGCCGCGGGGCACGACGCGGCGAGGCACCGGGCGGCGGCUGACGCGGCGGAGGAGGGACACCGCGAAAUGGAUGAGAAACGGGAACGCCUCAGAAUGGAAGUCGAUGGGCUUGAGGGGGAGGUCCGCCGCCUGAACAGGCAACUGGAGAAAGCCGCUGGCAGCUGCCAGGCGCAGGAGCAGGCGUUGCUACAGCUGCAGCAAGAUUGCGAGCGGGCGGCGGCGGCGACCGGGGCUGCUGAGAAGUCGGCGGAGGAAGCUCAGCGGGAGCUGCGCGACACGCAGGAGCAGCUGCGAUGCAGCCAAGCGCAGGUGCAGGAAGCUGCAGCAAGCUUGGACGCACUCGCUCUGCAGCGGUCACAGGCAGAGGCUGAGCUGGCCCAGCUGAAGGAGUUGGUAGCAGAGAGGAUGCAGAGAUCUGAGGCGGAUGUUGCGAGCGCUGUAGCAGGCCUAAAGGCCGUGCAGGAAGAAUCAGCACAGCUGGAGGCCAAAACCUCUUCUGCUCGAGCACAGCUUGCAGAGCUCGAGACAGAUGCCAGGACGAAGGCUGACCAGGUGUCUGGGCUGCACCAGCAGAGGGCGGAAGCUGCCAGGGAGCUGCAGCAGAUACAAUCAAUGCUGGAGGCAGCAACGCAGCGCAGGCUGAGGGAGGAGGAAGCUGCCGACGCAGCUUCCUCGGAGGCGGCUGCGGCGCAGAGGGAACGCACGGAGACGCGUCGCUCUCUCCAGCUCGCACAGGACGAGCUUGCCUCACUCCAAUCGCAGCUCCAGAGGCAGCAAUCUAUCACCAGCGGCAGUGGUGCACGCCGUCGACUCGAGCUUUAUGCCACGCCAGACAGGGACCCCUACCUCAGCCCAGCGGUGCCCCCCUCUACUGCCGGGGGGUCCCACCACCGCUCUGCAGCGGUGGCGGACAGGUCCCCGCACUACACGGUAGGGUCUGCGGGGCGAGCGGAGGGUUUACCCUACCACGCCAGGGGGUAUACCGCCGAGGGGACCCCCCACUAUCUGCGGGGGGUCCGGCACUCGGAGGAGGAGGCGCGGCUGCAGGCGCGGCUGUCCUACUCAGCCGCCCAGUCAGCGUCGCAGGCCGAUGUCAUCGCCGGACUCAUGGAUGACGCGCAAGUGCUCAGGAGGGAGAACGAGGAGAGGGCGGUAGAGUGCGAGGAGAUGAGGAAGCGCCUGGCGAUGGGCAGCGCUGAGCUGGCGGACGUGCGGCGCCGCGCGGAAGCUGCCGCAAAAGCUGCCUCCGGGGAGUUGAGCCGCGCAGAGGUCCGUCUGCGCUCGGCCGAAGCCCAGAAGGCCAGCCUGGCUGCUGAGGUGGUGCACAGCUUGAAGCGGCUGCUAAAGCGGGCGGAGGACGACCGAACAGCGCUGACUACAGAAUGCCAGGGGCUCACUGAGCGGCUGGGCGCUGCUGCCAGCCAGCGUGAAGCCUACGAGCGCGAAUGGGAGGGCCUCACAGAGCGGCUGCGCGCGGCGGAGGCGGCCAGGGUCGUAGCCGCCGCCGAGGCCGACGCGGCCGGCCGGCGCACCCGGGCUGCCGAGGCGGCGGCCGCCGCCGCCGUUGCUGCACCGACCACCGGCGCAGCAGCAAAACUCGAAGCCGAACUCCAGGCAGCAAAUGAGAGCGCCGCCACGGCAACACAGCUGAACGCAGAUCUCAGAGCGGCAAAUGAGCGGGUUGAGGCGGCCCUCGCCGCAUCGCAACGCGAUGCUGCCGCAGCGUUGGCCGAUCUUGCCAGCGUGCAAGCCGACGUUGCUGGCGCAAACACUUUCCGGGAGGAGUUGGAAGGUCGGUUGGCAGCGGCAGAGAGGGAGAGGGGGGAGGUCAAAUCGCGGCUGGGGUUAGAGGAGAAGAGGAGAGUGGAGGUCGAGGAGCGGUUGGCGGCUGCAGAACGGCGAAGCAGCGAGCUUGGCGCUACAGUGGAGGCCCUGCGCGCCGAGGCUGAGGCCGAGAGCUUCUCGCGGAUGCUGGCUGACACGGCCGCCGACUCGGGGCGCAGAGCGGAGCUUGGCUGGCACGAUAAGGGCCAGGCCGCUGCGGUGCAGGCUGAUCUGGCGAGCCUGAGUAGGCAAGCAGAGGAUGCGAGAGCCGUCCUGCAAGACCUCCACAAUCGGAUCCGCCAGUCACGCGCAGAGCUGGACGGCGCGUAUGCAGCCAAGCGGCAGCUGAGUGAGGUGCAGCGACAGCUGGCAGAGCUGGAGCGGGAAUUGUGCAGGGGCCAUCACACAGUGCGCAGCAGGACAUGA